AGCCAUCAAAUCCUUGAGGAUCCUUGAUUUGAGUGAUGAAGCGAUAAGGGCAUUGCGCAAGAGGAUCUAUGGUGAAGUACGUGCAUGGGCAGUGUUGCAUCAUAAGAAUGUCCUUCGCUUUUUUGGGACGACCUCAGGAUUUGGACCGCUUCCCGCAUUCGUAACUCCUUGGAUGGAGCGUGGAUCUUUGACGAACUAUCUGUCUCUUGAGUUCUCUAAUCUAUUGGAUAGAGACAAGUUCAUACUGCUUGAACAGAUUACGACAGCUAUUCAAUACCUUCAUGACGAGCAUGUCAUUCAUGGGAACCUCACUGGACACAACAUAUUGAUCGAUUCCAGAGGAAACGCUCACGUAACAGAUUUUGGACUGUCGACGAUCCUUGCAGAAUGCGAUAGCUCGUCGUGCGAAGCCUACUACUCAGGAUCUAUACGCUGGGCUGCACCUGAAUUGAUACAUCUUACAGACGAAGAAGCUGGAAAGCCGACUACCUGCUCCGACGUUUACUCGCUCGGUUCCGUAAUACUUCAGGUACUAUCCGGAAAGCUCCCUUAUCAUUGGCUGGAAGACCCACUUCAUAUCAUGGCUGCUAGACACAAGGGUAUGCAACCCAUGGCAACAGACAGUUCAGUUGACAGGCAUCACGUACCCUUUCUUCAAGAAUGCUGGUCAUGGUCUCCUGACAGACCAACGAUUGACCACGUUCUGAGUUAUGUUCGAAGCGCAUUACCACCAUAGUAAUUACAGGCAGUUGCUCUGAGAUAAUCGAUUUACACAUCAUAUUGUAUAUUCGUCUUUUUGUUCAUGGCGCACUAGCUCCGCGUGUCUUCUUAUUUAUUUAUUAUUACCCCACAAACGCUUGUUUUCUUGAAAAUAUGUAGUUGCGUACCUUGUGCUUAGCUCCUGGGAUCAU